AUGAGAGAAUGGAGCUUGGAAAAUGAGGUGGAAAGAUUCGUGAGCGAGGCGAGGAAAAGACAAGAUAAGAAGGACAAAACAAAUGAAGAAUGGAGAAGACAAGAAAAAGAAAAGCUCAUUGAAGAAAAGCCAAAAAAAAUUAAUGGAAAUGAGCUGGAAGAAGAACUAAAAGAAAGGAAGCAAAAAAGGUUAAACAUACACAUAUAUUAUGAAAAUGGCAUGUACCGAAGAAAAGAAGACGUAAUGGAGGUGAUGGAAAGGAGAUUGAAAGUCAGAAUUGAGCCGAUGAGAGUAAAAUUCCAGAAAGGAAGACAGAUAAUAAUCGAAAGUGCAAAUGAGAAAGAGAAGAGAGACAUUCUGGGAAGACGGAAGAUUAUGAAAGGGACCGGAGUGUGGGUGGGGAAAGAAAAAACGAGUAGAGAGUUAGAAGUUGAGAGGUGGAUAAGAAGAAAAGCAAAAUGGGAGCAGAGUAAUGGCAAUGUAACAGAAGUAGAGGGGAAGAAAAUAAAAAUUAGGGAGGUGUGGUGGUGUUGGAAUAAAAAAAAGGAGAAUUGGAAUUAUGAAAGUGGGCGAAUGAUGAGAAAAAGGAGUGAAGAGUGGGUACAGAAAGAGACACAGAGGCCAAGGAGAGAGAGGACCAAAAUAAAGGAAGAGAGCAAGAAAAUAGAAGGAAAAUAA